AUGUCUUCUUGCACUGCUUCUCAUUGCGUAUGCGCUCAAAAAGCUACUUGCUCAUGUGGAGCACACCCGGCAAACCAUUGUGUUUGUGAGAAAGCCGCUGAAGAAAAUGUAACUCCUGCAGCAUCAGAUGCAUGCCCUUGCGGGAAACGUGGGAAGCAUUCAUGUACCUGUGGUGCAGAUGCUCAUUGUCAUGGAGAAAGAGAAGGUGAAAUUGAUUUCACAAAUUUGAAAUAA